AUGUCGAAUAGAACGGGCGACAACACGCCCCUGACUCUCGACCUUUCCGCCCUACCAGCUCUGAUUACACCAUCUCCACCCUCGAACACCCUCCUCAUUACGAAUCUCAACGACCCUUUCCUCUUCCAUCCCGAAGCCGCAAUAUCAGCGCGGCAGCUUCUCGACGGGGCACCUUCUACCAUCCUCCUCUCCCAGCAACCGAAACCCAACCAAACAUCACAGCAAAACCCGCAAGUGGAAAGCGUGGAUAGGAUCAGAUGCUACUUCGGCCCACACACGCCUGUUUCCGGCGUUGACGAGGAGGCAGAUCAGCAUCUCAAAGCCCCAAGCACGGGGAAAUUGUUCUUCAUUUCACCGCCGCCGAGUCCGCCGUGCGGAUGGGAGAGUAAGGAAGAAGAUCCGCCGAACAAGGAGACGCAUGCUUGGGAUUUGGAGCAGGCGCUUGCGAGCUUGGGGAAUGGCCCGGGCGAUAUUGGUGGGGAGAAGGGCGGGGAGGAGGUGAAAGCUACGGAAGUUCGGAAGGGGCAACAGCCGGAAGAAGACGAGGAGAUGGAGGGCCAGAGUGAGGUGAAGGAGGGUGAUAGUAGGGCGGGGAGUAAAAGCUUUACCGUCUUUCAUCCGAAACAGCAUGGGAGUCGGGAAGAUCUUCCUGCAGUCAUGGUGGUGGAUACGAGCGAUGGAGAGGAGGAUGGAGGUGAUGAUGGGGCCAAGACGGUCAUGACACAUACGGCGAGGCCGCCAGUGGAGUUGAUGGAGGAGUGA